AUGGUCUACAUAGUGUUGGACUAUGAUGUCCUCAUUCAACGACUAAAAACCGUUUGCCCUCUUGUCAAUUCCACUUCGCUCAUUGCCGUGAUACCAUCUUUUGUUCUGCGGAAAUUGGAUGCAAACAAGAACCUUUGUGCCGAAGCUCGACCAGCGAUCAGAAUGUGUGAAAUGUGGCAGACUCGGGGUCGUAUCAGGGUUGUCGAAGCGACCUCCCAUACAGAAUGCUGCACAAAUCUUGCAGAAUCUGUGACAGCAUUCGGUGAUGUUAAUGGAGAAUCGCCCACACAUGCUAUGGUUGCGUUGCUUGUCGAGGAUCUGGAAAGCUUCCAGGACAUGCGAAUUCCAUCGGUCGCCAUCUACCACAUUGAGAGUUUUUUCGAGCGCUGGAACAAAGGAUCGUCGUCGUCGGCUCGGCGAACGCGUUAG